CGGUGAACCAAUUUCCACCCUCUCAGGCCUGCAAGGCAAAAAUCAACACACACCGGCUCCCCCAUCAUCCUCUGGCCUUCCCACUUCUUUUGACCUUUCCUCACCAUACAAGUCAGGAUCACCGCUACCUGUCUUCUUUUCCAUUUCCAUUAUCCAACCUUCGACUUCUUUGUUUUACGUUAGCUUUUCCAAAUCGCCAAUAUGCGUGAGAUUGUUCACCUUCAGACCGGCCAGUGCGGUAACCAAAUCGGUGCUGCUUUCUGGCAAACCAUCUCUGGCGAGCACGGCCUCGACAGCAAUGGUGUUUACAACGGUACUUCCGAGCUCCAACUCGAGCGUAUGAACGUUUACUUCAACGAGGCUUCCGGCAACAAGUACGUUCCCCGCGCCGUCCUCGUCGAUCUUGAGCCCGGUACCAUGGAGGCUGUCCGUGCUGGUCCUUUCGGUCAGCUUUUCCGCCCCGACAACUUCGUCUUCGGUCAGUCUGGUGCUGGCAACAACUGGGCCAAGGGUCACUACACUGAGGGUGCCGAGCUCGUCGACAACGUUCUCGAUGUUGUCCGCCGUGAGGCCGAAGGCUGUGACUGCCUCCAGGGUUUCCAGAUCACCCACUCUCUCGGUGGUGGUACCGGUGCCGGUAUGGGUACUUUGUUGAUCUCCAAGAUCCGUGAAGAGUUUCCUGACCGCAUGAUGGCUACCUUCUCCGUCCUUCCCCAGCCUGGCUCUUCCGACACCGUCGUUGAGCCUUACAACGCCACCCUUUCCGUUCACCAGCUUGUUGAGCACUCCGACGAGACCUUCUGCAUUGACAACAAGGCCCUCUACGACAUCUGCGAGAAGACCCUUAAGCUCUCCAACCCCUCUUACGGUGACCUGAACUACCUCGUCUCCGCCGUCAUGUCUGGUGUCACCACCUGCCUGCGUUUCCCCGGUCAGCUGAACUCUGAUCUCCGCAAGCUCGCCGUCAACAUGGUUCCCUUCCCCCGUCUUCACUUCUUCAUGGUCGGCUUUGCUCCCCUGACCAGCCGUGGCGCUCACUCUUUCCGCGCUGUCAGCGUUCCUGAGCUCACCCAGCAGAUGUUCGACCCCAAGAACAUGAUGGCUGCUUCCGACUUCCGCAACGGUCGCUACCUCACCUGCUCUGCCAUCUUCCGUGGUAAGAUCUCCAUGAAGGAGGUUGACGACCAGAUGCGCAACGUCCAGAACAAGAACUCUACCUACUUCGUUGAGUGGAUCCCCAACAACAUCCAGACUGCUCUCUGCGCCAUUCCCCCCCGUGGCCUUAAGAUGUCUUCUACCUUCAUUGGUAACUCCACCUCCAUCCAGGAGCUCUUCAAGCGCGUUGGUGAGCAGUUCUCUGCCAUGUUCCGCGUCAAGGCUUUCUUGCAUUGGUACACUGGUGAGGGUAUGGACGAGAUGGAGUUCACUGAGGCUGAGUCCAACAUGAACGAUUUGAUCUCCGAGUACCAGCAGUACCAGGAUGCUGGUAUUGAUGAUGAGGAGGAGGUCUACGAGGAGGACCUUCCCCUUGAGGCUGAGGAGUAAAUUGCUCCGGCAGCAUUGAACUAAGAAAAUCGUCUCUGGGUAGACGAAAGCGAACCGUGUUAUUCAUGGUUUAGGAAGCCUUAAUUUUCACUUCUAAGCUGUGGAGGUAAUUACCUCUUUUGGGGUUCACUAGAUAUCCUUGACUUGAAAGAGGAACGCGUAAUUAAUUCGUUCUAUUACUUCAAUCAAAAUUAUUGUUGUACCAUU